AUGCAACAUGCAACACACACACCAAUAUGGAAGACCAUUUGUUUUGCUUUUUUUCUUAGAAACUUAAUAAGUUCAAGUUAUGUUUUUUGACGUUAUUAUAAUUAAAAAUGACACAUUGGAAUAUUCAUUUCAAAGUAAAGCAGACUUUUCAAGGAAAUAUGCGAAUACAUAUUAUUUUUAUGUCUCUGCUUACUUUAUUUAUGUCACAAAUUCAAGUUGUGCAUGGAACUGUUGUUACUGACCAGGAGGUAAUAAAAUAAAUUAUAAAAACAAAUGGCCCUAGUCACUAGUCUUGAGCCGGCUAAUAUUAAGGACGGAUGCCACGGCGUCUUUUGUGUGUUUAUUGUAAUUGCAGUGUAUUAGGGUUUAGGUUAGGUUGAGGAAUCGAUUUAGGGUUCAGGUUAGGCAGGGAUCGAUUUAGGGUUCCAGACCUGUUUACUCUUACGAUUUUGGCGUACAAUGUAGGAUUUUGAGGUAUAUACACUACAUAUAUAUAUACUUAUGUUUAUUUUUUAUUAUUAAGAUAAUGUAUUUAAUGAUUUUCUGAUGAUAUUGUACGAUUUUAAGAGUGUAGGGGUAAACAGGUCUGGGGUUCAGGUUAGGCAUAGUCUGCAUAGGCAUAGGGAUCAAUUUAGGGUUCAGGUUAGGCAUAGUGUAGAUACUUUGGUCAAAAAUGUAAACAUUUUGUAAAAAUAAACCAAUGGCAUAGUUGAAUAGAGCUAAAUUUUUACAGAAUUAUAACACCAAAAUCAUAUUUUUAGCUGUUGUUGUUUUAAAGCUAUGAAUUUUUAAAGUACGACUUGGUUUGUCCUUUUUUAACAUGAACUGCAUCUCCACAUUCUGUGACCUCAUUCCGCCGAUCGCGUCAUGCGCAGUGACUUUAUAGUUUAUAUAAGGCUAAGUCAUUCCCUUAUCACUAAAAUACUGUUUAAGGUUGACUUAUUUUAAACUUUCAACUUUGGCACAUGAAUAAUUAAUUAAAGCUUUCCCUGACCAAUGGUUUAAUAGUUUUUGCACACGACAAACUCUUAUGAAUGAAACUCUGAGAUAGUACUACGAUAUAGCCGUUAUGCAAGUGGCUGUGAAUGGUUGCCAAUGACAACGUGUUGCACACGGAAAAUUCUGAUCAUUUAUAAUAUGGACUCUACAGGGUUUUUAAAGCUCAAAUUAAAACAUUCCAGUUUAAAUGUCUUCAAAAUGCAUUCUGAAACACAAGUUAUCAAAUAUUUUGAUGUAUAUAGUGGUAAUAAUUAAAUAUUUCUUAAGUAUCGGCAACUUCCGCCAUUAAAAAGGGGGCGUGGCCCACGCCAUGUCGAAAUAAGGCUGAGCCCCCUUAUGGUGAUAUGGGUCACUGGGAGAAGCGUAGCGAACGUGGGACACGACCUACAUCAAUGAGAAUUGGCACAGAUAUAUAUCAAUAUCUAAUGCCUUACACGACUUAAUAUGAAAGACAUGUUCGUUUUAUUUCACACAAAAAUUUUGUAUUCGAAGAUGCCUUAUAUAUACCAAAGAUUUUCAAAAUGAAGGUCGAUUGAAAAAAGCAAAAUAGCUGGAUGGAAAUGUAGGCCAAGAUGUCUACCAAAUUAUUAGGCCGGAAACGGAACUCAAAUAUAUGUCGAAAGAACUAAUUUAAUAAUAAAUAGACACACACAUCGGAAAAUUAAAAACUCGGAUUUUUCGGCGCCGACGCCAUUCCCGAUACAAAAAAAAGUAGUAGUCUCCCUUGUUUUAUCGAAGUAUCUACAUAGUGUAGGGAUCAAUUUAGUAGGGAUACAUUCGUGAAAUUCGAUAAAAUAGUGGCAUUCGUCCUUAAAAUUUACCCUUGAGCCAAAUACUUAAACUAAUAUUCCAUUUAUUGAUAUGUAAUUAUACUCUUUAGACGUCAGAAAAUUUUUAUUGAUGAAAUGUUAUCACCUACUUAAAAAUUGUAAAGAAAUGAAAAUGUAAUAUCAAUCAUUGUAAAUCAUCGAUCAAUUGUCAAUGUUAUUAAUAUUAUAUUAUAUUUAUUUAUAUUAAUUAUUAAACAUGUGUACAAAAUCUUUUCGGAUUUCCAACUAAUAUGUGGAAUGGAUUAAGUUUGUGGCAUGAGGCUCCAGUGUAUUUAAGUCUAAAUAAUAAAUAAAUAACACUAGGAUGUGAAAGUCACUGAAAGUGAAUGUGUCAGGAAAGGGUGCAAUGAGCCCUGGGACUAAUGAUCACUAAUGAGACCCAGGCCCGAAUAGCGGCAAUGCGUUUCCAGUUCCAUUUUGACUAAAUGCUAUUCGGAUGUCAUUUGUGGUAUUUUAUUUUAGUUAAACUGAAGAAGUAUGUUUACAAAUAUAUAGUCCAUUCAAUUAUCUUUCAUUUGAUACCAAGUUUUGUCUUACAAACCCUACAAUAAUUAUUUUUUAAUAAACCCAAACUCUCACUUCUCGGACCCGGGUCUGAAUAGUCGCAGCCUUAUAAUAUUUAAAUUUUAUGGUAUUUUGGAAAAUGGAUAUUGUAUUGAUUUUUCGGAAAACUUUUGGAUUUUAUUUUUGGUGGAACCUGCAGUAAAGUGUGUAAAGGAAAAGGGUAUUUGGUGAAACUAUAAGUUGGGUUUUCAUUAUUUUAAAAAUAUUAAUUAUUGUUUUUCUUAAUUUUUACACUGUUCUUACAACAGGGUGUAACUGUAACUGUGUUUUAGUUGAGGUAAGGGAGCGGCCGCAUGUUUUUGACUCUUCUUGCCACCCAUCUAGAGGGAUACAAAUAAUGUUGCUACAUUUACCAUGAAACUAAUGUACUGGCUGAAAUUACGCCAGGAAAGGGGGACUGCAGCUUGUUGACACUUUUUGACGCCUAUUUGAAGGGAUACAAUAAAGUUGUUACGUUUGCCAUGAAAUUAAUGUACGGCUGAAAUAAUUUCAUUAAAUUUUAACUUUUUUUUUUCCUAUUUUUAUUUCUCUGGCUAAGUGACGAAAACAGCACAUUCUCCAUCUUUCCUCUCCCCUUCUUAGCAGAUGUGUGAUUGCACUACUUUUUUCUUUUUACAUGGCCACCAUCUUGGUUGCCAUGAUGCAUCUGAGGUCAUUGGUAACCAGAUGGCAGGGUUGGGAAAUGAGUGGGGCGGAAAACGUAAAUUUAAAAUAAUUUGAAUUCAAUUAUUAUUUUACCACAGUCACAAUGGCUAAGUCUAGGCCUUUUAGGAUCCACAGUUAAGUACUUAUCUUAAUUGUGCAUGUUAAUCAAUUUAUGGUGAGGGUUAUUGGAAUCAUUCCCUGCCUACUGGCCAAUGAUAGUAAGAGACGCUUUUAGUCAGUAAUCUAGGUUUUUUUUUGUGUACAUAACCUAUACACAUGGUUGGGAGUAUUAAAGGGGAGAAAAAUGUAGAAGGAAAAUUCAGUGACCCAAGCGCUGCAACAAAUUUAUACAUCAUUGAUUUCAGCAUUGUUUCUUAUCUUAAGAGAUAAUAAAAAUCACUGUGCGAAAUGCAGCAGAUUCUUGAUGGGUGUCAUGCGGGUGGCAAGUUUGAGAACUGUGCUCUAGGCUAUAAAUCAUACUAUUUCUUUCUUUAUUUUUUCAUAGAUAACUCAUCAGCUUAGUACCCAGGACUCUGUGCUUUUUAUAUCAACUUUAAGUGGAUCCUUCUACACUGUUAGUCGUAGCACAGGCAAGAUCCUUUGGUCCCUGAAGGAAGGUAAUGGAAAAUAAUAUUUUAUACUGAAAAAAAAUUUCCUUAAAACAUGAUACAAGUUACAUAAAGUUUAUGCAUAAACAUGACGGUUCCACCAAUAAGCUAUAUGGGGGCUUACAAUGAUCAGCCUAGCUACUACAUCCACUGAUGCCCAUUAAUCGGCUGCCAAUAAUUUAUUAUAUAUAAUAAUUUAUUGUGCUUUUAAAUGUGUGUUGUAAUAUAUUGUUGGUAGUUUAUUAGGCUACUCAAUAACUAAUACAAUUAUAAAGCUACUGUUGGGUUGGGGAUAUUUAGCGUAACAAUUAUUAUAGUAACUAGGUGAAGAAAUGAUUUAUAGCACCCUUCUGAUUUCCGAAUGUGCUCCUUGCCCGUCUAUUAGAGAAAUUAACCUCUGAUUGCCCCUAAGGAAAGUGGACUGUCAUCAAAGUGAAGUUGCUUUGACCUAUGAAUGGGCCAGAAAUGCCUCUAAUAAUGGCAUCAUAAACAUGUUCAUUAGUAAAAAUAUUAAAGUUUUUAAAAUUAUUUAUAUCGGGCAAAAGCAUAAUGUUUUUGUUUUUUUAAUGCCCUGCGUCAUCUUAAAAAAUCACCUUAUCGGGUGAUAACGUCUCAGAAAAUAAACUUUGGGGCAAUGCAUUAUUUUAUUUUAAGGGAUAUGUUCAGCCUGAUUCUCUUAGCUAUUUUUUUUAGUGAUUCCCGGCUUCUUGUCACUGAUACUAUCUUAUACUUAUUAUCAGAUCCAGUUUUGAGAGUACCCCUAGACUUCUCAUCAGGGUAAGAAAAGAAAAGUUUUUAUCAAGGUCAUUUUUAUGAUGCAAGAGAUGCUUAUUCUAUUUGUUUAUUUUUUAUUGCUGAUGAUAACUUGAUUAAUAUGAAAAAUUAUAUUUUUCUAUGGGAUAACUAAGUAAUAAUUUUCUCUUAAUUAAUUUCCUCCCUAAACUGAAUUCAUGGAAAAUGGGGAGUGAUCUUUUUGAAUGUAUGAUCACUCUCCAGAUAAGACUGAUUGUGUCUACAAGUUUAUUUUAAUUAUAAUUUAUUUGUAGGCAAUUUCAGUUUGUGUUUAAAAAAAUAAAUAAAUAUUAAAUUUUGUAUUAAUUUUUCUUCGUAAGGCCAAGUUUUUUACCAGAUCCUAGGGAUGGAAGCCUGUAUGCAAUCAGUGCCAAUCGAGAGCCUAUCAAAAAGUUGCCUUUUACAAUACCCGAACUGGUGACUGCAGCUCCAUGCAAAAGCUCAGAAGGAAUUUUUUACACAGGUUUGAAUAAUUUUAGGACCUAGUUAGCAAAGUUAACAUGUAUUUGUAAAGGCUGGUUAGAUUCUUUUUGAUUUGACAAUGUCUAGAUCAGAUAUUGCCAUCUCCCAGCUUGAAUAUGGAAACCAUUUUGAACAAAGCAAUUAAAACACGUUUUGCUGCCUUUGUGUCACCCAGUAUUGAAGUUUUGCUACUAUGUGCUAAAUAUAUAUGCAUGAUUUCCAAAUAACAAGAUAUCAGUGUUCUUUAUUUAAUUCAUUUUUUGCUCUGGGAUUUGUGUCAAAUAUAAUUUUAUAUGGCUCCUAUAAUCUGGUGAAUUCACAAUAGUUUGUAAUGUAUUAUGUAUUUCAGUAUUAAUUGUAUUUAUAUGUGAAUAUAUAUAUUAAAAAGUUUAUUUUGAUUAAAAAGUUUAUUAUACUCUAAAACUUUUGUAAACCUCUCACUAUGAUGGUGGUAAUACUUUUAUUUUGUGAAUGAGUUUAUUAUUAAAUAUUCUUUCAUGUGUUUAUUAAGAACUGAUAGUAGUUAUUGGUUUGGUAUCUAUAUUUUGCAUAAUAAAAAUAAAUGAUUACAUUUCUUACAUGUCAGGUUCUAAACGUGACAUGUGGUUAGCAAUUGACCCACUUACAGGAGCAAAAGUUCAAACGCUAUCAUCGGAUGGAGCACAAAAAGUUUGCCCUUCCUCAAAUGAUAACCUUUUAUACAUAGGCAGAACUGGUGAGAAAAUACAUAGUAACAACAUCCAUGCAUGUUAUUUUGUAGUUUGCCAUUUCAAUAUUCUGAAAUAUAAUUUUUUGAAAAAGUGUUGGGGUUUGCCAUUGAAUAGAAAAGCUAAUAAAUUUCAUAUGUGCUUGGCUUGUUUGUUGUCAUUAUUUAUUGUAUCUAAUGAGUGCAUAAUAAUAUUUUCUUUUCAGAAUAUUCAAUUAUGAUGUUUGAUGCCAAAACUGGAACAAGAAGGUUAGUUCUUUCUUUGUCUCAAUAUUUUUUUUAGAGUGUCUCUUUAUUUGAGCAGCAUGUGUGCUUUCUUAAGUAUUUUAACUGAUUUGGAUAACUAUUUAUCCAGAGACUUUUGCAAUAAAAAGUUAAAUUCAGGACCAAGCAUUGUCAUUUUUAUGUUUGAGGUUGAGUGCCUAGUUUGGCUAAACACACAGUUUUGUUAGUUUUCAUCCAGCUUUCACAAUAGUAUCAUUCCUGGCAAUGUAAUUUUUUUAAUGUGCACCCUUUAGAUCAAUACUUAUUUUAAAACAAUCAUUAACUAAAGUUAAGAAAUACGAAAUUUCAUGUUUUAAAAAAAUUAUUAAAGGUUGUAAAGAUUCAUUUUAUGACUAACACAGACCUGUUUACCCCGAAACUCUUAAAAUCGUACAAUAGUUCAAUAAUUAUCCUAAUAGUAAAAUAAUAAACAUAAAGUAUAUAUAAUUAUAAUGUAUACACCUCAAAAUCAUACAUUGUACGCCAAAAUCGUAAGAGUAAGCAGGACUGCUAACAUUUUUGCACCUGUAUUUAAGAGGCACUUUUAAAAAUUCAUACAAUGUUCAGACGGUAUUUCAAGAAACUCAAGUAUUCAUCAAGAUUUUGAAUUAAUUGCUCUUUUGGUUAAUGCUUUCCAGCUGGAAUGCAACAUACAUGGACUACUCAUCACAUGUUGCACCAGAUGUCAAAGAUUAUGGUGAGUAUAGAAGGGUCACAUAAAUUUUGGUUCACAAAAUAAAACUUAUAUUGAUGUAAAGAAAUUUUCCCAGCUUUUGCAUAAUCUUUUUAUGGAUAACACUGGUCAACAACUGAAAGUAAAACACAAUGGUAAUAGGGAUUUUAACCCACUGAUUCCAGAUAUGAAUUCAGAAUCUGCCUAACAUGUAUAGAUUUUAAAUCAUGCAUGUAUAGUAAUAAUAAAAUAGCAGGUGUAUUGUAUUGCACAUGCUCAUUGUCACAAUAAAAAUUUGAGCAUCCGGAGGCCGCAGUUAUUCCUAGGGUUCAACUCUCCCCAGCCAGUCACUUCGUAAUAUAUAAACAUAUUAUAAACUGGAAAUUGAUAUCUGUUUCUAUAUUGAGAGACGUUAUCAAGGCGUCCUAACCUUGGAAAGAAGGUUUCUGCAGUUGGCAAGAGCAGCCACUCUCAAGCCCAAGAGUAUGUGCCUAAAGCUUUUUUUGAACCUUUAUAGAGGUCAGCUUGGAGAUGAAAUCUUGAAAUAUAUGCUUUUAUAUGAGUAACAUGCAUUUAUUUAUAUUGAUUUAAAAACAUUUUAAUACGAUUAUUUUUUCUUUUAAUUUUGUUGAAUUGCUAAAUAGAUUUCAGCAUGUUUUAUUCAAUUUUAUUACUUUGUUGUUAAGAAAUCGGACAUAAAAAUUCUUAUUGGAAAUAGAUAACAUUUUUAUUUUAAUUUCAAGUUAUAAAAUAGCAAAAAAACAUUUGUUUAAUUUUAUGAAUACUUUGCCUAUACUCACACAGUUAUAGAAGUAAAUGCUAGCUCUGUAAUUUGUUUGCAUACACACAAUUUUAAUUUUUACUUGAAGCUGCAUAACUUAAAAUACUAAUGUACUACACAAAGUAUAACUUCAUAUUUGGAAUUGGCACACUUGAUUUACAAUAAACCACAGGAUGAAUGCCAAAUAGCCGACAAAAAGAUUUUUUUGUCCAGUGCUAUUUAAAUUUAUUUGAAACAAAUUGAUAGAGUUAAAUUAUAAGCAUUGUGAAACUGACACACACACAGAAAAUAAAACACCAGGAGAAAGGAAAGAAAUGCAGGACAUGUUAGAUACACGAAUACUAACAUGUUAAGAUGUUGCUAAACAUGUUCUUUUUUCAGAAUUGCGCCACUUUGUAUCCAGUUCAACGGGUGUUGCUGUUACACUUGAGAGUAACACAGGUGAGAUUUUCUGAAUUAUAAAAUGCAAAUAUGAGUUUUUCCAGUGUGAAGGGAUAAUGUUCAUGCAUGUAAAUAUGAUUACAGCUAACAUCUUAAUGUUAUUAUUAAAAUAAAAUAUUUAAGUUGAAAUUUGUUUGCGCCUUAAAUUUUUUGGGUAGCCAUGCUAAAAUUCCUGGUCCAAUCACAAAACAUGGGCAUUUUUAUUUUCAAAUUUAGUGUAUGUGUCUUUAACAAACAUGAACUAUUAAUUUUGUCUUUAGUUUUCAUAAAUAAUUAUUGAGCCCUGAACAUUAUAUUGAUUGUGAUUUUAAGUAUAACAUCCUAAGUCUCACAAAAUAGCAUAACAGUUUCAUAAAUAAUAUAUUGUAAUAAAAUUUUUUAUAAAUUUAAAAUGCAGCUACAAUUUUUAUAUUUAACAAUAGCAUUUUCCCUUUGUAAUAGCAUAACUUUGAACAGUAAAUAUAUUGAUAAUUAAAAAGAUCUGAAUCUUUUUAUGUAAUAUAUUUUGUAAUGUGAAAAAAAAAAAUUUGAUUAAAAUAUUGAUUUGAUUAAAAUCUCCCAUUGCAAGUUAUUCUGUUAUAAUUAACCUGAUUUUCUUUAGUCGUAUUCAUUAAUCUAGUAAAUUAAAUAUUUAAAUCAAUUAAAAUGUUUACUUUGAUUGUUUAUUUCAAGGAGACCUGCUGUGGCAGAGAGAAUUUGAUUCACCUGUUGUGGCCAUGUACCAAAUGAUUCAUGAAGGGUUACAGAGGGUACCCUUUGCAAGUUUUGCUGCAGAAACACUAGAUCAUCUGACAGGUCAGCUUGCCUCUACACAAUGGAAGAACAGAUUUAUGGACAUUAAUCUGCGACAAACAUUUUAGUGAGCACACAUUUUUAAAAGUGAAUUACAUUUAAUGACAUCAACUUGGAAAUUUAGAUUGAAGCCAAAUAAAUUAUAUUUUAAAAGGAUAGUUGGAAGCUUUCUCUCUCCUACCUACUUAAACUCAUUGUAAAUCAUUCAUGUCACAGUUUCACCAGUCUCUUUACCUCUCAAAAGUUUAUAAUUUUAACCCACGAACUGUGGUUGGCUGAAAAAAUCGGCAGACAUUCUUGUUCUGUACUGUGGCGGCCGAAAAAAAUCGGCCAAUAAAAAACACGGUCCGAUAGCAACUUCCAAUGCAAUAUAUAACCGGAAUUAUAGCCACUUCCUUUUAUGAAUAAUUAAAUCAUCUUCCUGGUCAAGCUGUUUCUUGAUAACUUAAAAAUAAGUACUUUUUAAUCAGAGUUUUAUAUCACUGUUUUUUUUUUAAAGCUAAAAUGUUUGAAGCCAUGGCUGGGCCUUCAGUGCAAGAACUAAUAUAAAUAUUUUUGAAAGGUUUUUAGGAGAGGAUUUAAGUGAUAUUGGUGAUGAUUUUAACAUCCCCCAUGACGAUUUCAGUUGAGAAUAUUAUUCUAGAGAAUCUUAUACUAGUCUUAGUGAUACUGAAGUAGGCCUACUGAGGCUACUGUUAGACUUCGAGCCAGGCCCAGAGGUUGGACAAGGCAUGACUGAAAUUUAGUCACAGAAGCUACAGAUUAUAGUUCAGCACUAAUAAAUUUUAUAGUUAAACAACCUAAAUCAGUUCCACAGUUCCUUUUUAAAUGUUUACGUGUCACUAAUAACUAUUUUGCGUGAGAUUUUGUAAUUAGUUUUAGUAAUGGUUCCAGUUUCUUAUAUAAAUGACCUAAAAUUACUAAAAUCGCUUUCAGAUGUUUAAUUGUAAUCAAAACCUUAGCAAACUAUACAUUUUGUGAAAGAUAAAUGAAUUGGCUACAACAUUUAUAUUUGUGUUUUAAGUGUAUCUAUAAAAAUUAAUGAUGUUAUGAGCACUUGAAAGCAAGACAUUUUGUCGAUUUUUUUUUUCUUGAGAGCUCCAAGGUCAAGUACAUUGAGCAAAAUUUUUUUACUGGGUGGGCAAUAUGGCCAACUUUAUCCCCAUCCAUUUACUUUUCUAAAAAUAUAUACUUAUUGGGGUCUUGAAUCAAUAUUUCUAUGUCAUUUAAUGCAAUUUCAAAUGGCACUCAAAAAAACUCUGAAAAGCUCCACACCACAAAAUGAUGCAUGCCACAGUUCGUGGGUCAACACUCUUUACUCCCUGAUUUAGUUUGAAUAUUUUCUGUUUUAAACCACUAAUUCAGAAAGAAAAUAAUAAUGGAUUACAAAUACACAUCUAUUUAAUUUCAUAGCCCAAAGUUAUACAUUGGUGAAUCCCAGCAUGGUGCUUAUGCCCUGAUAACUCUGGUGGAUGAAAACACAGUGACAAUAUCAGUAAGGCUACUACACUUUCUAUGGUUCUAAGGGUUUGCUUCUGAUUGUUGUAAGUUGUGGCCCUUUUGUCACAAGGUUCAGUCAACAUUUUAGAUGCUGUCUUUUUGUUGUACAUUUCUUACUAGUUGUCUGUCAUGAGUAUACUCAAUGAAAUGCAUUUGCAGUAAAAUUAGACACAAGUAAUAUAUUUUAAGUGUGUUUUUUUUCAUAUUACUGUGGGAUGUAUACAGCAUAGUGUCUAUUUACUUAAUAGUUCUUAAGAUAUUUUUAACUUUUCAAUUAUCAAUUUUAAGCAAAUCUUUACAAUAGGUUAUAAAAUUAUGCUGAUAUAUUACAUACAUAGUUUGUCUUCUAUUUUAGUUUCUGAAAAGAGGAAAUAAUUUGCAAUUUUUUUAUAUAGACACGAAGACCUGAAGUGCUACAAAUAGAAGGGCCUCACACCAGUGAAGAAACUAAAACAGGUGAAGUGGAGAAGCCAGAGAUUGAAUCCCCUGUGGACCACCAAGAACGAAAUUCAUACAUAGAUGUGAUCAAUGCUACAACCAUCAGGAGAGGAGGAGCUGUGCUCAUGAUUGGUAAGGGAGAAAGAUGUGAGUCUUGUGAUUCAGGAUUGUAAUAAUUUUAGUUGGCAGAGUUUGUGUGAAAUCUUGUAUGGCUCAUUGCUAUGGCAGAUCCAGGUAAAGUAGUAAAAAUGCACAUUCAUGUGAAAAAUGUCAGUGAGGAAGAAAGGUUUUUACAUUUUUUUUUAAGAGUGGUGGGUGGUUUAACCAAUAGAAGCAAGGUUUAGGCUAUGCAUGUUAUUAAAUGUUUACCACAGAAAAUAGAAGGUAACUGCUAAAAAUCAGUUGUUUAUUAAAUUAAAAAAAAAAUUAUUACCAGUUAAUUUGCACCUGCUGUAAAAUUUGAAUGGUCCAUUUCCCACUUUAAUGUGAUUACAAUCGGUGGCAUAGCCAGUGUUAGUGCCACCCAGGGUGGGAUUUAAAGAUUUAACCCCACCCUCCCCCUUUUUAUUUUUAUUUACUUGCAUGCUGCUGGCAGAAAGUAUGUAGAAAAACACUACCACCCUCCUUUGCAUUCCAAACUACACUUUGUAAUUAUAGUUAUAUUAAAGUUAUCGAACUUUUAUCAUCAGACACCAGCUGACACAGCCAACAGCCCUAAUAUUCAUUAUCAAACAUUGCCAUGCCUGUGCUAAUUUUCUAAUUAGAAACUAUUGCAUUCCUCAUUUGUCAGGUUACCAUGAAUUACCCAAUGCAUCAACUUCAAAGCUGUAUCCGACUUAUCAGCUUCCUGAUAAAAGUGAGGAGAAAAUUAUUCCUGGGGAAAACAAGACCACCUUAAUUCAAGAGAACUGGCUAAUAUCAACAUUCAAAUCAGAGUACCAACUCAUCACAACGUUGGCUCUGGUUGUGACUGUAAUAGGAUACUUGAUUCACUUUAAAAAGGUGAAUAAAUGUAAUAUUUUAGAUUUUAAUUAAUGGCAAAUAAUCUUGAAAGAAUUUAACUUACAUCACUUGGCUUUAAAAGGGUUAUUAAAAACUUAAAGGUUAACCAUUUGUUGUCAGGUAAUAUCGCUCUCUUUUUAAAACAGCAAAAUGAGGCAUCUAUGAGAAGAAUUUUGGAGGAAAGGAGGUGGCAAGAAUCAGAUUCCUCACAAAAUUUAAGAAAUACCACAAGUGCAAGUGUUGAACACAAAAUUGAUGGUAAGCAACACAUUUCGAUUGUUAAAUUAAUAAGUUUUUCCAUUUAUCAAAGUUGAUAGGAAAACUAGUUAAAUUUAAAGAAAAUAUGUAGUUCUAAAAAGAAUGAAUUAGAUUAUGUCAUUGAAACAUAUAAAUUAAAGAAAUAGAAAAACUUUGUAAAAAAAAUCAACACUAGUUUGACAAAACUUAUUCUGUUACUCAAAUUUAUGUAGUUUGCUUUGUGGGUUUUUUUCCCGUGACUUUCCAAAUUCUUAUUUCAUGUUUUUUAAUUUUUUAUUUUAAAUGGCCAAAUCUUUUGAUUGCUCCUAAAACUGUACUUUUUAUCUUAUUUUACAGUAGCUAAUCCAGAUGGUUUCAUUAGAGUUGGUCAAAUUAUUUUCAAUCCCAAACAUGUCUUAGGCCAUGGCUGUGAAGGGACUUUUGUUUUCAGGUCGGUUUUUAUGUUUAUGGGUUAAAGUUAAAGUUUUAAUAGUUUCACUUUCAUAGAUCAUUUCUCCCCCCGCCCCCCUGCCAUCCCCCAUAAUGUGGCUUUUAGAUAGUUCACAAUUUUUUAUAAAAAGAGAGAGUGGACAUUUCAAUUGUCUAAUUCACAUAAAUGCAUUUUUAAAAAUUGAGAUUUCAAAAAGAAAAUUCUAUAACUAAUGAAAGGGGAGAACUUUGAAGAAAAUUAACUGUGUGUGUAACCUUGUUGUUUGACAGCAGACUGUUUAAUUUCUAUUGACCCAAUCUAUCUUUGGUUGUCUCAUUUUAAAAAAAAUUAUUUUCAUUAUCUUAGGAAUUUUUAAUCCACACAAAAAUUUUAAUCUGAUUCCUGAAAUAUAAUAGAUAGUAUAUGAAUGAAUUCUUCUGAUCUUGUCUCAUCAUAGUGGUCAGUUUGAUCAGCGUAAAGUUGCAGUGAAACGUUUAUUACCAGAAUGUUUUAGUUUUGCUGACAGAGAAGUGGAAUUGUUACGUGAGUCAGAUCAGCAUCCAAAUGUCAUUCGGUACUUUUGCAUGGUGAGCAGUAACCAGUUUUAUAAAAAAUGUCUUUCCAUGCAUUUGAUUGUAGAACUUGAGCAAAACACAUUUGUAUAGGAUUUGUAUUCAUAUUUAGUUUAUGGAGCAUGUUAGAGAGUUUAUCCUUUAUCAUAUAUAUAUAUAUAUAUAUGAAUAUAUAUAUUUUAUAUACAUAUAUGAAUAUAUAUAUGAAUAUAUAUAUAAAUAUAUCUAUAUAUGUAUAUAUAAAUAUAUAUAUAUAUGACAAUAUAUAUAUAUUAUAUAUGAAGAGCUUAUUUUAGAAACAAAUGAAAUAACCUUACCAUUUUGUAGAGCAAACCAGGUUCAUUUAGGACAUGAUAAAGUUUAUUUACAAAACACAAUCAUCCAUCCCAUCCCUGUGGUGUUACAGCCCAUGUAGGGCUUUGGCCCGCCUCACUUCUUCCUUCCACUCAGUCCUAACUAAUGCUUUUCUUUUCCAUGCUCUGGAUUCUCAGUUGCUCUAGAUCUUUUUCCAUAUCAUCCAUCUAAGCCUAGGUCUGCCUUUGAGCUGUUUUCCUCUGGGGUUUUGGUGAUGCACCCUCUUCACUCCUCUGUCAUUUUUUGUAGAAAGUUGAAUACUCUCAAAACCCCAAAAAUCAUAUACAGCAUUUUGAAAAUCAGCUCUUCAUAUAUAAAUAUUUAUAACUGCUCUCAUUUAAAAGAUACCGUUUAUGAUUUAAUGUAGUUUUACUGUCAGUGAUUUAUAUUUAAUGAGUUUUUUAGCUCAUAAUGCUUUGCAUAAGCUUAUGAUAAAAUUAAAUAUAAAAUGCCUUUAAUGCUUUUAAUGCCUUUAACUGUACCUCCAGGAAGCUGACAGCCAGUUCCGCUACAUAGCACUGGAGCUGUGUGCAGCCACAAUACAAGAUUAUGUUGAAAAGAAAUACACCCCUCCUGUGAAGUUAAAAGCCUGUGAUAUACUGAUGCAGGCAAUGUCUGGCAUAGCUCACUUACAUUCCCUAAAUAUUGGUAAAUUUUCUGGAACAAAUAAAAUGUAACUUAAAAUUUGUUUAAAUAAAGAAGGUCACAAGUUAGAAACAACUUUGCGGCGGCUAUUUUAAAGUCUAAUCAUUUGUUCACUUCACAUUAUUUGGUAUCAUUUGAGUUUGGAAAAGAUGUUUAUCUCAUUCAUCCUUCACUUUUUUUUGUUUUUUUUUUUUGUUUUUUUUUUGAAUAUGGUGAUAGAGUUUAUAGCUAAUAUUUCCAACAUGGAGACUGGCCACAAAUUAAACUUAACUAGUUCAGGAAUUUAUUUUUUCUCAUGGAUCUUUUUUUAAAGCUUUUUUAUUUUAAAUAAAAUGAACUGCUCUAUUGCUGUCUAGAAGUGAUGUGCAUGUUUUUUGUUUUUUUAAUUUCCUAGUUCACAGAGAUAUCAAGCCCCACAAUGUCUUAAUUUCACCAAGUGCUACAAAAGAAGUCCGUGUCUUGAUCUCAGAUUUUGGUCUGUGCAAAAAACUUGCAGCCGGCCGCUUUUCUUUUUCUAGGAGGUCAGGAGCGGCAGGCACUGAUGGAUGGAUAGCACCGGAGAUGCUCAAUUCACAUGAAAGAACUGUAUGUAACAAUGAGAUCUUUUCAUCAACCAUUUAUCCUUCCUUCUCUUUAACUCUUUCUCUCUGGAUCAAUGCUCCCAUCGUUGAUUUGAAAUGAAGAUUUUGGGGUAUCAACGAUGCCAUCGUCGAUGGAUUAAAACCAGUUUCUUUGUUUCUUCUCUUAAAUAUUUUGUUUUUAAUUACUUUUAAUCAAAUCUAGAAUGAUUUCCCUUUGUUCAACAUCCGGAAUUUCCUUCUUUAAACAUGUUUUAAAGGCAAAAGACAUGUUUCAAACAUUUGUGAUUUAUCAACUUUAUUUCUGUUUACAAACAUGGAAUUUUGACCUGGUCCAUCUGGCGAUGAAGGUUGAAAAUAUUACACUGAGGAACAAGCAAGGGGAAUAGUUUUUGAUGACGAUUCAGAUAGUGAUGUUAUCAUUUCUGAUGCAGUGGCUGCUUCUGAUGAAUCGUACAAUCCUAGUACUAGUAGUAUUAGAGGCGAUAGUGACAAUGAAAUUGAUACUGUAUCAGCUGAUGAACAACCAGCCCCGACCGCGUCCCCCCCCCCCCCCCCCCCCCCCCCACUAAAGUGCCUUGUAGAAAAGCAAAGACUGUUCCUAAAAUAAACAAUGCAUAUUCUAACUGGAAAGCUGCUGAUCUUGGCACUAAAACUGAGUGCCAUUUCAGAUUUUUACCUAAAAUGAAUGUAGGAGUAAAUUUGGAGCUUGUGACUUGUAAGUCAAAUGAACUUUAUUUUUUUUUUUACCCUGCUGGACACGCAUGUUAUUGACAAGCUUGUGCUGUCAUUAAAUGAGUAUGCUGCCUACAACACGCAAGAGAUCUUUUUUUAGGGACUGGAAACCUGUAAAUAAUUUUGAGAUCUACCCAUUUUUAGCAGUUACUACAAUGAUGGGGAUGAAUGCGCGUCCAUUUGUAUGUGAUUUUGGUCCCCACAUCAAGUGAUGUAUUCACCCUGGUUUGCCAAAAUGUUUAAUCGAGAACGAUUAGAAGCAUUGUAUCACUCUUGUAUACAUGCCGCUGAAGUUGAUGCAGAAAAUAAGUGCAAAAUUGAGCUUUUCAUGAACUCAGUGAUAGCCCACUUUUUCAGAGCAUUCACGCUAGACCAGCAGGUGUCAAUUGAUGAAAUGAUAGUAGGUUUUAAAGGAAGAUGGGCCUACAAACAAUUUAAUCAAUCGAAACCUCACAGGUACCACAUCAAGAGUUUUGGUCUUGUUGACAGUGCAGCAGGAUAUGUUUGUAAUAUCCUAACCUAUUAUGGCUCCAACACGUCGUACCACCCUUCACUGGAUAAAGACAACGGCAUAGCCAUAAAAUAUUUGGAACAUUGCUAAAAGAAAUUGGCCGUGGAUACCACAUCCUUGCUGACAGAUGGUAUACUACAAAAGCAUUGUUGGACUUCCUUCAAAAGGAAAACUUUUACUUUACUGGUACUGUUCAGACCAACAUAGAAACAAAGUACCUGAAGAUUGCACACAUGUAAUUAAAGUACUGGGUUCACAAUGACAAGUCUUUGCUGUGUAUGGCCUUCAGGAUAAAAAAAGCCAUUAAAAAACCUGUUAUUAUUGUAUCCAGUAAUACAACUGCAAAGAAUGUUUUGGUAAAAAAAAACAUGAAACCCAGAGUUGUGAAUGAAUACAACCAGUACAUGAAUGCUUGCGACUGAGCUGACCAACUUCUGGAAUACUAUGGCCAUCACAGUAGGAAGUCAAAUAAGAGGUGGAAAAAGUUAUUUUUCUGGAGCAUUGAGAUCUGCACCAUAAAUGCCUUUAUUCUUUGUAAACUCACAAGGCCAGAAGAUCAGAGAAACUCUAGUAAAAUAACCCUGAGAAAUUUCAAGCUAAAACUGGUCAAUAAAUAAACAGAAUAUGCUGCAACCAUAAUUCAAAAGAGGGGAAGUUUUCGGAAGUACUAGACCAGGCCGUGGACAUCCCUGUGCCAUCGAGAAACUUAGUGGAGCCAAACAUGUGCCUUUUAACUCCAAAAAGGACAGAGUGUGCAAACACUGCAGUAAAGGGCGAACUGUGUACUUUUGUGCUGGAUGUGAUUCAAAUCCGCACAUCCAUAUGAAUUGUUUUCAAGCUUACCAUAGCUAAAACAAAAUGAAAGUAUAUCACAAAUUUAUGGUAAAUUUUCCAUGGACCAUAAUACAUGUAAAUACAAAUAAGGAUAGAGUGCAAAUAUUUUAUUGUAGCGUCAAAUUGUUUUCAAUGGAAACAGUUUGGUUCUUUCUGAAAAUUUUUGUGUGGAUGUGACAAUGGAUAUUGCGCUGUGGUGUUUCAUUUUGUGUUUCUUAUGAUGUGGUGAUUAUCCUUUGUGAUGUACAGAUUGAUAUAAUUUAGAAAAAAGUAAACUUUGUUACACUUUGGAUUAUAAAUUUUUCUUUGACUUAAGCGUUCAGCGAAAAUUUGAUAAUUUAUUUUUAUUUUUUAUUUUCCAUAAAUCAAAAUCACAUUUAUUUAUUAAAAUUUAAAGCUAAGUCUGUAUUGUGUGUAAAGAGCAUUAAUUCCAUACCAAACUUAGCACUUUCUGAUGAAAAACAAAAAAGUUAUGAAGUUUUAGAGACAACAUACAAGUGCUUAACAAAAACGCAAAAUAGAUAAUUACAUCAGAACGUGGAGAAUAAUUUUUUUUUUUUUUUUAACAUUUAGUGAUGAGUUACUUGUCCUUGAAUAUUACCCUACAUCUCUAUUCGCUGCAUCUUUUUAGGGAGAGAUAAACUCAAUCUUAAAAUCAUAAAAUGAAUAUUUUUACAUCAUUUUGAUUCUCCAAAUCAUUUAAAAAAACAACACACUCUUUCACUUAUAUGCAUGAAUAUUUCAGUUUUGCUAAAAUUUCUAUGGUGAAAUACUAUUUUUCUACCAGACUUACGCCGUGGAUAUAUUCUCCGCUGGCUGUGUUUUCUACUAUGUUCUAACUGAAGGCAGUCAUCCUUUUGGUAGUAGUCUGAGAAGACAAGCCAAUAUCCUCAGUGGUGACUAUAAUCUACAGCAUCUACAAGGAGAUGGUGAGUGUUGACACAAGAGUCUCACUAGUGCUGAUUUUCUUUCAGAAAAGCAGGCUGCCGAAUUAAAUUUAGGUUACAUUUCCCAUUGGCAAGUGUAUGUACUAAUUCAGCUGCAGUUUUCUUGAUUAUAAACAGAUUCUUAUGAGUAAUAUGCCAUUUUGUAGGUAAAUAAAUGUAAAACAUUUGGCAAUUUAAUUUUCUGUAGGAAAUGAUUAAUUGUUAAAUUAGAAUUUACAACGAUAAAAAUUAUAUAAAUAUGCCAACUUUCAUGUAAAUGUUGAAUUUCCAAAACAUUUAAAGCCUUUAAUUUGAUGGAUUCCAUAUGGAAUACCCAAUAAUAAGGAAAAUAAAUCCAUGAAGACAGAAAUUGAAUAAUAUUUACUCUUCAAAUUACAUAUAUAAUCAAAUCAAUCCAACAUGUUUCAAUAAUUUAGAAAAAAUCCACAUUUGAAUAAAGAAAAGCAUAUAUCACUCCAAAUGAUUUACAGAAUGUGUUCAAUUUCUUUAGACACUUUAUUUAUCACCAUCUUCAUGAUCACUUGUUUUGUACACCCUGAAACAUUUUUUUGAUUGAAAAUAUGGCUUGUCUGGACAACCAUUAUGGAAAAAAAAAUAAUUAUGGCCCUUUUUGCAGAAGUUGAACAUACAACACAGUUCUUGUUUUUUAUCAGAGUAAUCCACAAUAUGCUUAGCACCCUCAGAUUUUUUAAUUUUGUUGCCUUCUUUGAAAGGUAAAUUUUAAUCAAAUUGUUGAAAUAAAGAUUAAUUUCUGCUCAAAAUAAAUGUUCGAUCUGCCUCUGAACUAAUGUAUUAGACACAGUUAAAGUAGUUUGUGACAUGAAAUGAUGCUCUAUAUAGUGUAUCUAGAUUUUUAUGUUAGACAUUUAAACAAUGUUAAAUUACGAAGUAAUUAUUCUUAGCUUAAAACUUAAUUGUGUAUUAAUUCCAACAUGCUGUGAUUCUAUGCACUGGUCAUACAAACACUGGAACCAAUUUAUUUGUGUAGAUACUCAGUUUAAAAGCUCUGUUGGUUAGAGUUCCUUAACUGUCCUAAUCCAAAUCCAAUGUUCUGGUAUUGAUAGCCGGUACUUGGUUUCUGAAAAUUAUACAAUUAUUUCUUUGAUACAAUUUGUAUACAACUAAUAUUAGUGCCCAGACAUUUUAUUAAUGAAGAUGCUUGUUGUGAGUUGAAAUCUAUGCAUGAUUUAGAUAUUAAAUAUCAAGUCAACAUUGUCAUGAUGCAAAACCUUCAAGACAAGAUAAUAUAAUUAUAAAAGUAUGUACUUUAAAUAACUUUUUUGGGGGGUCACAUAUAAUUGUUUUGAUAAUGCUAUUUAUAUGAUUAAUUUCUUUAGACAUAAAACCUUUCUAAUGAAUUGAGAUGAUUUUUUUAAAAAUUAAAAUAUAAAUAAUUCACUAAUUUGAAAAAAAACAAAUAUAUUUUUUGCAGAGAACUAUGUGUCCCGUAAAUUGAUUGAGAAAAUGAUCUCAUUCUCACCCGAUGAACGUCCAGGUGCAGGGACAGUUCUUAAACAUCCAUUUUUUUGGUCCAAAGAGAAGCAGCUAGCAUUUUUUCAGGUAUGCUUGUACUUUAAAAAGUUUUCUAGUCAAAUGGCGUUCUCCAAAAUAUGAUUUAGACGACAAGAUGAAUUUAAAUAAUUUGAGUUUUCCCAAAUCUUUUGGUCAGAUAAUGUGCUUAAAUUAUUACUGCAUUUAAUCUGUUUUCAGAAACCUUCAGGCUAGUGCCCCGUGAAAUCCUUUAAUUUUAAUUUUAAAAUAGUGGAAUAUGACAUACAUUGCUCCCAAAAAAUACUCCCUGAACCUACUGCCAAAACAUAUAGACCAACAUAUACUUAAUUGAAAGUUAUAUUAAACAAUACCUUAAAACAAAUUUUUUCACAUAAAAAUAUGAAUUUUUUAUUAUUUUAAAUUAAUAUUCUAAUGGUUCACCUGCUUUUAAACCAGAUUUAUUACACCAACUGUGUCAGAUAAACAAAAGAAAAUAUGCACCAAACAGACAUGCAAUAUUGUUAUAAAAAGAAUCUCAUUUAGCGCAGUUAUCAGGAAUUUUUUCGUGAAACCAGUGUCAUCAUAUUUCCUUUAUUGUCACCUUGAAAAACAGGAAAAUCUGAUUUAUGCUGAUUGUGAUUGGGGCUGAAAAUUUUUUAGAAUGUGUUGUUAUCGGCAGCAAGUCUACAUGCCAAGAUUCAGCUCGAUAGGUUGAUGGGAAGUGGGUCAAUAAGUCGUCCGAAGCUUUUGCCAUAAUAACACAAAUGCAAAGUUAAUAAAAAGGAAUCAAUAAAAAAAAAAUUCAGUAAUUAAGAAUAAAAAUAAAGAUAAUUAUGAUAUGAAUUCAUUUUGAGUUAAUGUUGUGCCAACUAUUUCAAGGAUGUAAGUGAUCGUAUUGAGAAAGAAGAUGAAGACUGUCAAGUUGUUCAAAGGCUGGAACAAUAUGGACUUCCAGUGAUAAAACAAGACUGGAGAAAAAUUAUUAGUUUGGAGUUGCAGGAAGGUAAAUAAUUUGAUUUAUCAUACAGUGCCAAAUGAAAGAUUUGUCAAGAGAAAUAAUUAAUUAUGAGCAUGGAAGUCUUCUCCAAAAUGUUUUUUCAACAUUUUAAUUAUAUUUUAAAGUUUGACCUGCAAACAGUCAAAUUCAAAGGUACUAUGCAGUCAACUCUUUUUUAGUAACUUAUAUGUAUGGCUAAAACACCCUACAAUAUUAGAAAAUGAAUCCAGAGACCCAUAUUAGUAUAGAUAUUCUGAGAGUAAAUUGGACAAAGAAUCAUAUGGUACGAAAGUUGGAAUUCUUUGUUCUUUGAAUAUGGCCUUGACCAACAGUGAGAACAAUUGUGCGACUGUUCAUCUUUCUUAAACUCACACCCACGCUGACUGUUGGGUCCUUUUUAUCACCUAAUUAAGUUUAUCAGACACCUAAAACAUUAUUCUUUCCUUUAGAAAAUUAAAAAAAUUUUUGUUUAAUUGAAAGUAAAAAAGAAACAAAAAAAAGCCAUACAUAUUUCUUAAUAGGAUGCCUAUUAAAUUCAUUAUUAUCCAAUUUCCACUACUUCCAUUAUUAGAUCUUGAACUGCUAGCAGUGCUAAAUCCAAUAUCGUAAUUAUAACUACCAAGAGUAAUGCAAGCAAAGCUAUCUUCAAAAUCUCUUUCAUAAAAGAAAUAAUUCAAAUAAUUUAAGUGUUGUAUUUUUUUUUUUUUUUGUAUGGCCAACAUCUGAGUCCUACUGGUUAGUUUGGUCCAAAAAAAUGAAAAUUAAAACUCAAUUCAAAAUUUUUUUUCAAAUUGUUCAUGGGUUAACACUUAUGUAUAUAACAUUAGUUUCUAUUAAAAAUAUUAUUGUGUCAAUAAUGAAAAAAUGUGUAUUGUGCUUUCUAUUUCAGACCUGCGCAAAUUCAGGACAUAUCGAGGCAAUUCUGUGAGAGAUUUGCUAAGGGCUAUGAGAAAUAAGGUACGUUGGUUUAAAUCAUUGUCAAAUUUAAUGUUGCUAGACAUUUAGCAGAAAAUAUGUAAAACAAUGGGCCUCCUUCAGCGGACAGUAAAGAUGAUAAAAACAAAAAUAUUAUGGAUACAACAUUUCAGCUAAGUUUCAUUUUUAUAUAUGUCUGUUUGUCCUGCUCCCUGCAGAAGGCUUCUUGCCAAAACUUUCUUUGUUUUGUUCCUUCCUUUAUUCACCCCAUAUUUUUUUCCCUACUUGGUUUUGCAUAUUUCCUUUUACAUAACCAUCUUGCAGUCUCCACUCUUACCAUCAUAGCAUAAUGUUACAAUUCAAAAAAACCCAAACCGUCCUCACUCAUGCACCGCCUUUCACUGUGAAAUAUUCUUCAUACUGGGAAACAUCAACCAUCAUAUCCUUUUUUUUUUUUUGCAGAAAUUAAAUUUUUGAAACAAGUUUGAAGUUUUAUAACAUACUUGAAAUUACUGUUUUAAUCCUUUUAUGUUUUACAGAUAGUAAGGCUUUAAAAAAGGCUGUCAAUUUAUUACAAUGUACAGAAUGUUUUUGACAAUUAUUCCUCAGAAACACCACUACCGUCAACUGCCAGAUCCACUGAAACAGAGCCUAGGUGCUGUACCAGAUGAAUUUGUCACAUAUUUCACCUCCCGGUUCCCCCAGCUUCUCCUACACACCUACCAGGCCAUGGCUUGCUGUACACACGAGCGACUGAUGCAACCCUAUUAUUUCACAGGCCAUAACUACCAAGAAGAAGCUGCAGGAGUGAAACAGCUUCAUGUUAAUGCACUGCCAUCAGGCCACGUAAACCACAAAAACAUUUCAAAUGAUGGUGAUGACAAUUAUUGUAAAUCUACCACCACAGAUCAUAAAAGCAAUGACCAUGUCAUUCAAUCUUGUGUUAAGGGUGUGGCUCUAAAACAGAAACUUGAUGUGGAUAAUAGCAGCAUUCAAAACAAUCCCCCAUUCAAAAACCUUUUCUCAACUGAAUAUAAUUCAAAUGAGCCACAAUUUAGUGAUGAGCUGGUUGCAGAGAGUGUCACACCUCAUGUGGGGCAUUUCAAACAAUUAAUUUCCUCAUCCAUUUUAGAGGAACGCUGUGCUGGAGAUGGAAUUUUAGAGCCUUCUAGCCGCUUGAUUCCAUGCAUGCCACGAGCUCUCAGUGUUUGCGUGGCGAACCGGUGCUCUCCUAAUGAACCACAAUUUCAGGAUUCUUUUGCAAAAAUAUCACCGACCUUGGAUAAGGACAUCAUGCCUGAAAUAAAAAACCCAAAUUUUAAGAAAAGAAGAGGUAAACAUCCAAACAGUGCCAGGAAUCCCAAUUGCUAAAUCUGAUGUUUCUACGCAGCGAAUAAUGUGUUCAACUUCUGAGAUAAUGGCAGAGUUGUAAGUGGGAUAACCUUCACUUGCUUGAACUAUAACCAGCUAAGAGUUAAUCAUGGAGUGCUGAGGAAUAUUGAAAUUAUUAUGGCGUGUGCUAUAAAAAGAAACCAGACCACCUGUAAAAAUAUAUUUGGAAUAAUCUUAUUUCAAAGUAACAGGGUUUACCAUUUAUAUGUUAUGAAAUAUAACUGCUUUAAAAAUAAUCUUACAAACUUGGAAUGAUGAGUGUAAUAUUUUUUCAAAAGUCUGAGAUAGCUGGGAUCUGCUAUUUGAAAGAGUACAUUCAAAAUAUUUUACCAGUUUUUUUUUUCUUGUUUUUUUUUUAUAGACAAAAUGAAUUUGGAAUCAUUGGUUCUAUCUAUAUUUCAUUUUGGUAUGGAACUGAAAUCUCUAACUUUAGAAAUGAUUUUUUUUUUGGUAUGGCACCGAAAGCCCAAACUUCAGAAAUAAAGUAUUUGGGCAUUGCACUGAAUCCCUAACUUUACAAAUGAUGUAUGGUUUUCUACAAAUGUUUUCCUACUUUCCUAUACUCUAGUGAUUCAGAUGACAAGUUCAAGCCAUUGGCCAAAUGAUGGCCUAUCGCCUGUUGCAUGGUCUGAGACCAUAAGAGGCUUUUUAAAUUCCCUCUAAAGGCUCAAAUUUAUUCUUUCAGUUGACCUUUACUAAAAGGUUUUUGGUUUUCAAAUGAUGAAAAUUAUUUCCCUUUGUUGUGUAAGCGCUCUAUAUAUUAUGCUUUUGGUUGUUUUGUUUUGGGUGGGCUGUUGAAAUUUUAAAAAUAUUUAUUUGAAUAUCUUGACCCUUACGGUACAAGCUGACCCCUGCUUGUGCUGUACAACAUUAAACCUUGGAAUUGUUCGUAAGGUUUGUAAAAUAAGAAUUUUUGUAAAUAGAUCUGCAGGUUUAAUUUUUAAUAAUUGUUGUUAAAUUUUUUAAUUUUUUUAAAUUUAAAACUUUGGAAAGGGACAAGGAAAAAAAUUUUAAACAAAUUGUACAGUGUUGAUUAAUAAUGUGCCUUCUUCCUGUUAGGAUUUUAAAAUACCAGGAUAGGGUAGACAGACUUGAAUAACAGUUAUCAAAAAAAGAAACAACAAACAAAUGUUAUCAUUCAUGGUCGUCUGGCAGUGAAGGAAACAUUUGCCAGCAGUAUAUGAAUAUAAGGAGAGUACUUGAUGAAGUCAUCAUCUACAAUUGAAUCUAAUAUUUUAAUUAGGUUUUAAUAAGAUGGUAGAGAAAUUUGUGUAAUGUGUUUUUAUAUUUUUAAAUUAACAUUACCUGAUUCAGACUAAUUCCUUAGGAACUCUUCUUCAUUGUGACCUUCCAUUGCCGGUGACCAUUUAUGACAUAUUGAUUGAGUAGAUAACCGGAGCUUCUACUUAAUUUUUCAUGCCAGGAUUUAGGAUAACUGCACUCCUGUUCACUGAUCUAAUGGUUUUUUUUUUCCACAUAAGAUUAGUGCGUUAUCUACUAUGCUAGCCUUUGGUUAAAUAAGACGUGGAGUCUGGCAAACGCAAUGCUAUUUGAAUUGUACUUUUUUUGUGCCAAAGUUCUUCUUCUUCUAUAUUUUAAGGGCCGACGAUCAAUUUAUUGAUCAUUCUGGCUCCUAUGAAAGUUCUUUUUAUUGUCAAAAAUAUUGGCUCAAGAAAUUGAAAAAGUUGAACAUUUUUACGUGUUUAUUUUCUGUAAAUUAAUUUAUUUUAUGAUCCAUAAUAAGCCACACACAUUUUAUGCCCAUUAUGUAAUUAAUAAAUGCUGUGAAAAAUGGGAAAUUUUAAUGACAUGCUAAUAAAAAUGAUAAAAUUAUUUAACAU